AUGGAUCGACAGUUACCACUACCAUGUUGUAAUGAAUUUUAUCCAAUGCAUUCGUAUGCAAAUCAAUUGAAUGAACAAUUUUCAUGCAUGAAAACAAAAGGAAUUGUUCGAGAUUCUCCAAUAAUCAACCAACAUUUAUUUAUGAAACCACAAAAUGCAUAUGUGCUUUCUUCGACACAUCAUCGUUCUACUUAUGGUCUUGAUAAAGCACAAGUUUUUCCUACUAAUUCAUCAUUAUCAACAAUGAAUCGUUACUUAUCUAUGCCAUCAAUUGAUCAAUUCUCUUGCAUGGAACAACGACUUGAAGUAGAUCAUCCUUUACGUAUUCAUGUUGGAAAUAUACCAUUUUUAUGGACUAUUGAUGAUUUAUGUAAACAAUUUCUAGUAUUUGGACCAGUCAAAGAUCCUGAAAUCGUUUCGAAUGAACGUGGGUCAAAGGGUUUUGGUUUCAUUACAUUUCUUCGUCAUAGUGAUGGCUUAAAUGCGAUACGCGUAAAAAAUGGAUCCAUUGCUGACGGUAGAAAGAUUACAGUUGCUCUAGCAUCUUCUCGGUCAUCAACUCGUUUAAAUGCUUCUAAUGUUAAUUGUUAUUAUAUAAAUAAUAAUAUUUUAAGUUAA